GAUAGGCUUAGGCUCGUCUUCUCAGAAAUUCCAUUGUCCACUGAGAGGAGGGAAGGACAACAAAACACUAACGACAAAGGGGCCCGUCACGCAUUGUCGACAACGUAGCCAUGAAGAAGUCCUUGAAACCGAAACUUUUAGUCCAAACAUUGAAUUUCACUCCCACACGAGAACAAGCUUCGCUGUUAGUCUGCUAAAACCCACCCCCUUUCGGUUCGGCUUUGCCGAGAUUCAGUUUCUACACCUUCCUCUUCCUGUUUUUCAUAGGGAUUCUUCUGGGUUUUGCCCCAAUUUCAAAGCCCACUCGCGGGUUUCCGAUUCUCUCCUUCGAUUCACCAAUUCUCGCCCUCAGUUCUCUGAUGCUCCUCCUCCUCCGGAAUUGUCUUUCUCUGCCUUGCGUGUGGGAUCCGCAGCAUUGAUUUUAUUACUGAGUUCCUCCUUAUCCAGACCUCGUGCUUUGGAUUCGUGUUUUCUUUGUCAUUCCUUUUGCAUAGGUAUAUUCUGUGCAUUUCUUCAAAUUUAUCUCUGGUUAUCCUUGAGUUAUUUGAAUAGAUCCUAGAGUUUGUAAUCAAUCCAACUUAUCAUUGACUCUGUCAAAUAAGACUGUUCUUGUUGUCAAAUAAGAUCUAUGUUUCAAGAUGAAGGGUCAUCUUCUGUAACUUCAUCACCUUUUCAGUUCUUCUCUAUGAUGUCACUUUCACCUAGCUUAGGAUCUCCAUACCCUUGGCUUAGAGAGCUUAAAUCAGAGGAAAGGGGCUUGUACUUAAUCCAUUUGUUGCUGACUUGUACAAAUCAUGUAGCUUCUGGUAGUCUUGAAAAUGCAAAUAUGGCUCUCGAACAAAUUUCCCAUCUUGCUUCCCCGGAUGGUGAUACUAUGCAGCGAAUUGCUGCCUAUUUUACUGAAGCACUUGCUGAUCGGAUACUUAAAACAUGGCCUGGUCUCCACAAGGCCCUCAAUUCUACUAGAAUAGUCAUGGUUUCCGAAGAAAUUCUGGUCCGGAAGCUGUUUUUUGAGCUGUUCCCAUUCUUGAAGGUGGCGUUCGUGCUCACAAAUCAGGCUAUCAUGGAAGCAAUGGAAGGAGAGAAGAUGGUUCAUAUAAUUGAUCUCAAUGCUGCUGAACCUGCACAGUGGAUUGCACUCCUCCAAGUUUUGAGUGCUCGGCCUGAAGGCCCUCCUCACUUGAGAAUUACUGGGGUUCAUCAACAGAAAGAGAUUCUGGAUCAGAUGGCUCAUAGGCUGAUUGAAGAAGCAGAAAAGUUGGACAUCCCAUUCCAGUUCAAUCCUGUUGUGAGCAAGUUAGAGAAUCUUGAUUUUGACAAACUCCGUGUGAAGACUGGAGAAGCACUAGCAAUCAGUUCGAUUGUCCAAUUACAUUCGCUUUUGACAUUGGAUGAUGAAUUGCGCAGAAGACCUCCUCUCCUAACAAAAUGCUCAAAUGGAAGUCAUCUACAAAGAGCCGUGCCAAUGAAUCAGAGCUCAUUAGGUGAUUUGCUUGAGAAGGAUAUGAUCAAUAAUAGGUACAGCCCAAGUCCUGACUCGACCUCAUCAUCCCCAGCAUCGUCAAUUGCUUCAAUGAGCAUGGAGAGCUUUCUCAAUGCCUUGUGGGGUUUGUCUCCCAAAGUCAUGGUUGUGACAGAACAAGACUCUAAUCACAAUGGUUCAACUCUAAUGGAGAGGGUAUUAGAAGCUCUGUACUCUUACGCAGCGUUGUUUGAUUGUUUGGAAUCCACAGUCUCAAGAACAUCAAUGGAGAGAUUAAAGGUGGAGAAGAUGCUUUUCGGUGAGGAAAUCAAGAACAUUGUUGCGUGUGAGGGAGCUGAAAGAAAGGAAAGGCAUGAAAAGCUUGAUAAGUGGCUACAGAGGCUUGAUCUUGCCGGGUUUGGGAAUGUGCCUUUAAGCUAUUAUGGGAUGUUACAAGCAAGGAGAUUACUACAGAGCUAUGGCUGUGAGGGAUACAAAAUGAGGGAGGAAAAUGGCUGUGUUGUUAUUUGCUGGCAGGAUAGGUCACUUUUUUCAGUAUCAGCAUGGAGACCUAGGAAGUAAAAUGGAAAAAUCUAGAGCCCAAAAUGGAAAAAGGAAAAAAAAAAAAAAUAGAGGAAGAAGCACUGAUCAGGUUUUCUUUUGGUUUUUGCUCUUUUUAUUGUUUGUAUGAAAGAGUUUUGUCCAUAUGGUAAUGACUAUUUUUCCAUAACCAGUUUAGGACUGCUCUUAUUAUUUGGUGAACACCACAUGGAGAAGUGGGGAAAAACAAGGGAGGGAAAAAGUGACUGUGAGAGUGAAAGAGAAGAAGAAGCAAUCUUUCUGAUUCUCUCUUUAUUGUUGCUGCUUUAAUUAUAUAUGAAUAUGAAUUCCUAUACUCAUGACUACAUAUUUCUGCUGCUUAUUAUUCACUUUUUCAGUGCAAUCAUUUUUCCCCAUUUAAACUACUGGGGAAAAGAUUAUUUUCUUCCUCAUUUCCUUCAUGGCGGAAUUGGUUGUACUGAUUCCUGAGGAAAGAUAGACAAAGGUAAUGCCUUUUGUAAUAUAUUUUAUAUGCUGUUGGCAUUUUUCUGUAGUGUUUAUAGAGCAGCUGUGCGAUUCAUGUAACUGACCCUAACCGUACCUAAUAGGAAAAAGAUAAGGUUUGUUAUCGAUA